AUGGAAGAAAAGGACAAGAAAGAAAAUGGGGAGUACACCGGGGAGAUAAAGGGAGGGCUGCGGCCUUCAAUGAAACUGGUUGUAAUGGGAAUUAUAAACAAAAAACCCAAGAACAUCGAUGUGAUUCUGUCCGCUGAGCCUCAGGAGGAGGACACAGACGGUGAUGUGGGACUUCAGUUAAAGGUGAACUUCACGGAUAAAGCCGUCCAACGCAACGCCCGCCUGGCUGGAAAGUGGGGAAGACCCGAAACUACCCUCUCCUACUUCCCUUUUGCACCCGGAGAAUCCUUCAAGAUGGAGAUAGUUUGUGAGCACCAGCAGUUUCGCGUCCUGGUGGACGGACAGCCUCUGUGUGGAUUCACCCACCGGAUCACCCAGCUCGCCUCCCUCACUGCCUUACAGGUCUUUGGAGACCUUCAACUCACCAAGGUGGCCUAG